AUGCCUCUCCCGAGCGUUGGCGUAUUUGGCAGAAAUGCCCAGCCUGUCCUGGAGAUCAAGCCGCAAUCGCCAUUCGUCGUCUACUAUGGGGAGUCGUCAGAGUCGCACGAGACGGAGCUGCGGGGGAAGCUCGUCCUCACAAACCCAGAGUCAAUAUCCGUGAGGAGUAUACGCAUAACCCUAACGGGUACGCGCAAGGUCUCAUGGCAUUUGACCAAUACCGUCAGCCCGCAGCCCAUCACGCAAAAGACAAACUUCCUAGUCGAGACGCUCAACCUGUUCCCUGUCGAGGGAGGCAACAAGAACAAGGCUCAUAAGAUCAAUGCGGGGUACCACGAGUGGGAGUUUACAUUCAAGAUGCCGAACAACCUCGACCAGAGCGUCGAGGGCCUGCCCACCAACUGGGUUGUAUACAAUCUGAAGGCUUCGGUAGACCGAGGGUACAUGAGCAAGCAGCUCUCUGCCCACUCGCACAUCCGCGUCAUCAGAACCCUCGGCCGCGAUUUGCUCGAAACCAUGCCCAUGGAGCAGAUCAACGAGGACAUCUGGGCCAACAAGCUGGCCUACAAGAUCACCGUGCCGCAAAAGAACUACAUCAUCGGGACCAACAUAACCGCCGACUUUGUGUUAAUACCGCUGAGAAAGGGUGUGGAGAUAUCGACGGUCAAGAUGGAGCUCAUAGAGUCGCGGCAGUUAUUCGCAGAUUACGCUGGCCGGAGAAUAAGUCACCAGACGGACAUUCAAGUCGCGGUCACAGAAGGCGACAUGCCAGAAAACUCCGCGCGGCUGGUUCCCAGUGGCAUAGAAGAAGCAGACGAGCUGUUCGACGAGUCGCACCGUUUUUCAAUGACCCUGGAUCUGCCAAAAUCACUCAAACAUUGCCGCCAGUCGGUUGACACGGAGAACAUCCGUUUAACGCACAAGCUGCGAUUAUACGUCAACCUUAAGAAUCCAGAGGGUCACACUAGCCAGCUCUUGGUGAAGAACCACGUCCAUUUAUUCAUCUCGCCAAAUCUGCCCCCGAACGAAGACCAGAGCGUGGUGGUCGAUAGCAACAUUCUGAAUGCGCAGGCGAUUCAAGAUGAAGUCAACCAGAAUGCUCCGCCAACAUAUGGGUUACAUCAGCUGGACGAGCUAUACAACGACAUCGAUCCAUCCGGUUUCAUUACGCCCGGUGGCUAUCUGAACAGCGGUGCCAACACGCCCUUCUACGCGCAAAGUCGCAGCGGCUCCGCAGAGGAUCUCGCCUCUUUGGACGCCGUAGCGCAACAGCCCGGUGGCGGCGCAUCUGCCAUCGCGCUCCAGCACCGCCUACAGAACCUCGACAUGUCGCAAAACGACCGCCGAUCCCGCUUCCAAACGCCAAGACAGCACUCAUCAGGCGACAGCACACCUGCCGUCAACGGCGAGCAAUCCUACUUCGACCUGCCCACAGCAAACUAUGACAUGGACGCCUUGGCGCGCACACCCAGUUACAACACUGCCGUGCGUACGCCCAUGUCGAGGACGCCCGUUCUCGUUGGUAUAGAUCUCCCCAGCUACGAAAUCGCAAUGUCUAGGCCUGGAUCUCCAAAUAGGAGUAGAAGCAGCCGCGGAACGACGCCCAGUCCUGCUCGAAGUCUGGAUACCCUGAAUGAGGAAACGUACCGCAAUACACAGCACAACAGCCGGAGGGAAAGCCCCCGGACAAGUGACGAUGGAAGGUAA